AUGGGGAAAGGGCAGAGAGCCAGACUAGCUGCUACUCGUGAGCGUUGGAGGAUUCUCGCAGAAGGAAUACGCAAAGCCGAGACCGAGAUUGAGACUGGAGUUCCUGCUGCAACUCCUCCGGUCAUUGCCUCUCCUUCGCUGCAGUCCGUAGCUGUGAUGGAAUCUGUGGAGCAUUUUCCUGCGCUGCCCACUUGCGAGACCUCUCUCGUGAAGAAGGGAAAUGAGGAAAAAGAGAAAGAGACUGAAGUCGAACAUGUCCUUGGGGCAGACAUCUCUGAAAUAGCAGCAGAGAAACAUGACGAGAACAAAGUCGAUACUACCAAUAAACAUGCCGACGAGGGCGAAGAAGCUCCUACUGCUAUCAUCGACACAAAGACCAAAGACGCUCCAGCUCCAACUGGGAUCUCCAAACAGCCUGCUACUCCUCUUACCGCUGAGGACAACGCCCAAUCAAACUCCAAGAAGAAACAGCGCCCCAAGCGGAAGAACAGAUUCAACAACCAACACGACAAAUUGAAGAAGAAGGAGAAUCGCAGAUCUGAGACUGCCCCGACUGUUCCUGGGGCUGCCACCGCUGAGAAUAAACAAAGCGCAGAGCCAAGGAUUACAAACUCUACCGAGUUUGCCUCUGUCCCUUUCCAUAGGCAGUACGAACAACUUCACUGGGGGCCUUUGUAUCCUGCUGCUUAUCCGACGACGUACCAUCCCGUUUACCCUCCAUACCUCAGUCCUUACUCGGGUCUGGGUGGUACUGUGCGCCGUAACUACAUUUCUCAGUCAUCUGGGGUUGCGAACAUGACUGAACAUACUUACUCGCACUACCUCAGUCCUUAUUCUGGACAGGGUGGUAUGGCACGCCGUCACUUUGUUCCUCAGAUAUCCGGGGCUGCCAACAUGAAUCACUACAAUCAUUUUUCUGGUCUUGGUGGUACUGCGCGCCAUAGCCUCGUUCUUCCGCCACCUGGCUUUGGCAAUAUGAAUCAGUACAGCCCUCGUAGAAACAGAGGAAGUCGGUUCUUCCCUCGCGAGCGGGCCAAUGAGAAUAGGAACCGGAACCAGGCUGCUGCGGCGGAAAGCGCCCAGUCCGCCGAGCUGCGUGCCACGGCGCCGGAUUUCGUCCCAAGCGACAAGCAGACUUAG